GUAGUGGUGGUGGUGGGGGUGGUGGUGGUGGUGGUGGUGUCUGGGCGGCUGGCGUGCGGUGAGCGGCCCGUGUGUCUCAGUGUUCCUUGAUGCGUGAGCGUGUGUGGUGGGUUGCGUGUGUCCUCCUGCCCGGCACAGAUUAGGUUUCCGCGUACGAGAGAAGGCUGCGCAGGCUGUCCUACCCGACCUGUCCCCCGCGCCUAGGCCUGUGUAGGGCAAGAUGCGGCCUGCGGAAACCUAGCUGGCCUACCCCCACCCCCGCUGGACCUGCCACACACACCCGCCAAGGUGUGUAGGGCAAGAUGGAGGCAGCAGGUGUGGACGCCUUCUUAAUUAGGGGUCACGUGGGGUCUCCUUGGUCCCCUCUGAGUGGUGGUGGUGGUGGUGGCAGCGGGGCUCUCUCCUCCCCCUCCCGGUGCACUGAGUCGCCCCCUUACCUGGACUUUGAUGCGCUACAGGUGGCGCUGACGCGGCUGGACCACUCCCCACAGAAAGGCAAGGGGUGCGUGGGCCGCAGCGGGGCGCUCAGCCACCGCCGCCCGCCAUCCCGGGGGUCGCGGCGCUCCUCGGCUGACAGCCUCCACCUCCUGCAGGACCAGCACACCCUUAACGACCACGACGAUGACGAUCCCGAGCCCCCGCCUGCGCCGCGCGUGGUGAACAUCGAGGUGAAGCUCGAGGAGCCCCCCAGGGAGCAGCCCGCGCGUCCCAGGACAUUCGAGGGCAGAGAGCGAGAGUGUGGCGUCCCGCGGGACUCCCCGCGCCAACACGACAAGCGGCAGGAGCUGCGGCGCCGGCUGCUGGAGGGGUGCUCCCGCAGGACACCCAGCGGCGGCUCCAACCCUCACCUGAGCAGCGCCACCUGUGAGGCGGAGGAGGCCUUCAGGAGGAUCAAGCAGGAGGUGGCGCGCCUGGCCGCCAAGAGGAGGUCCUCCACUGACCUCAGCGACUCCCGCACCCCCAGUGAGCUGCUCUGGAGCUGUGACGACUCCUUGGGUUCCGUUGGGGACUCUGCCAGCGUGGUGGUGGGGCGUGGCGGUGAGGAGCAGCGGUCCUCCUCUGAGGCUGACGUGGUGAUCAGCGACAGGGAGAGCGUGGCUGACUCUGGCCUGGUGAGCCGCCGCACCGUCAUCACCAUCAGCUCCAAGAAGAGCAAGUCCGCCAGCAGCCUCGCCAGCUCCCAGGACACGGCGCCGCUGUGGCUGCGGGACCAGCAGACGCGGCGCUCCCUGCGGGGAUGUCAGCCCCUGGAGGAGGGCAUCAGUGUGUCCAUCGUGAGCCGCGACGCCACGUCGCGCAUGUACGUUCGCCAAAGUGACGCCGAGGACAGGCCGUCACGCGCCAGCGCUUUUAACGUGCGGCGCACUAUCGAGAAGCGGCAGAUCCAGCAGGAGCGUCGGGAGCGUCGCGCGCUGCGGGAGAGGAUCAGGGAGCAGCUCAGGAGUCUGUCUGAGGGACGCCCUCGCAGGGACUCCUCAGGGUCACAGGGGUCCUCGCUGCUGCUGAGCGAGUCCUCGGCGCGCUCCAAGUCUAUGAGCUCGCUGGACCAGGACCACGAGGACGAGCGCAGCGAAUCACCGCUGGUCAAGGUUCAGUCCAGCCCCACGCUGGAGCGCGAGAAGCAGGCGGUGCUCACCUACCUUUACGGCGCCUCUAACUUGGCGGAGGAAGAGCGGCCCGCGCCCCCCUCCCUGCCCCCCAGAGCCUGUUCCGAGCGUCGGGAAGCUCCGGAGGGAGAGUGUAGUGAUCCCUGGCAGUGGUCCCGCUCCUGGGACUCAGUCCGGGUUGGUCGCGAGGAGCCGCCCCCCAGAGCGUCAGCCACUCAGUCUGCUGACUCCGUGAAGUCUUUCAAAUCCAGCAGCCGCGCGGCUCGCCACUUGUCUGACGCCACGCAGCACACCGCGACACACGCCGCGCCGGCCAUCCAUCACCCCCUUCCCCAGGAGUCACUCUGUGAAGAGUCGAGUCCCUGCGGCUCCAGUAGGCCCUCGGUGGAUCUCAGUGAGCGGCGGGAACCUCCUCAGGGUAGAGAAGAUCCGCCCCCCGGCCCCCAGCCCGUACCUCCCCCGCGGAGGAGCAAGCUGAGCCUGUCCACGGGCCACAUCAAGCUGGCGGAGGAGGAGCAGCCUCAUUGGGUGCGGCUGGCCAAGGAGCGGCGCAGCCUGCGGGCGGCCCGCCAGGUGGAGCAGCUGUCAGACCGCGCCUCCACCGCCAGCAGGGAGCCGGAGUGGGUGGCGCGCGCCCGCAAGAAACUGGAGUCGCUGAACGUGACGCUUACCGCCACCACGGACGUCAGCUGCGCCAGCUCCUGCGUCACCGAAUCGUCGUCGGCGUGGAGUCGUGGCGGCCUGGAUGCCCUGGACGACCUGCGGGAGGAGGUGUCGCGUAUCGGACAAGACCUGGCGGAGGAGGCGGCGGCGCGCGUCACCAAGGAACUCAGCGUGACCCGCGACUCCUCCAGGAUGCUUGAGGCGCCCACAGACCCCGUCCCCAGGGAGGCGUCCCUGGAGAGACCUAAAGUGUCCUUCGACGCCAGCGCCACCGAGGCCUCCGACGGGGACUCCACCACAUGUCGCAAGCUGCGCAGCCGUCGUCCUCAGAAGGAGGAGGUGCGCUUUGGUGACCUGAAGCAUGACUGGGGCGGCGCGCAGACCAAGGCCGCCAAGACCACGAACGGCAAGCAGAAGGAGAUGCGCUUUGGCGAGAUUCAGGUGGAGGUAGAGGCCAGGGAGCCCCGCGGUGCCGCCCUCAGGCCCCACGCCAGCAACCAGGGCAGCCACGCGCCGGAUGCCGAAGACAGGCGGCCCGUGAUGCGCUUCGGCGACACGCCGCUCAACCUGUUCCCUGCGGCGGCGCCCCGCGGCCCCCAGAGCUCCUCCAAGUUCGAGUCCGUGGCAGGCCCGGACCCCACCAAGAUGACCGCCGAGCAGCUCAACCAGAACGUGGAGGAGUACGACUUCCCCAUCCCCACGGGGCGCGAGGACGCCUCAGAAUUGCUGCGCUUCCUGGAGGAGAGCCUCAAGAAGGCGGAGGCGGUGCCCGAGGUGGUGUGCGCGGAGGACUCGCGGCCCAGGCCCAAGAGCAUCCUGAAGCGGCGGUCUGUGGAGAGCGUGGUGCAGGAGCUGCGGCGCGAGGCCUCGGGCGAGGGCCACCAAAAGGUACUGCACCACCGGAAGAGCGCCUCGUUUGACUGGGACUGUGUAGGUAAGGGAGGCGACCCCCCGCCCACCGCCCCUGCCGCCCCCGCCCCCACCACCGCCACUACCACCUUCACCACCACAUUCACCACCACCAUUGCCGCCCCAGCUGCAUCCUCCCCCACCCUCCCCACUGCCCCCGCCACUAACGGACACUUCUUUAACGUGAAGCUGCGCCACGUGCCACCCGGCGCCAGGGAGCAGCAGCAACAGCAACAGCAGCAGCAGCAUCACGCAUCCACUAACAACGACCCACGACGCUUCCCCUCGGAACACUCGCCACACAGACGACCCUCCACACAGGAACACGGCGCCCCCCUCCCGGGCCUCGUGAGGGCGAGGGAGAGGAAGAGCGUGGACGAGCACGGCCUGAGAGAGGCGGAGGCGGAGGCGGAGCGACCCGGCGUGAGGGAGCUGCUGCCGCCCCCCGCCUGGGCCACCUGCAGGGCCGGCAGGGGCCUUACGUCCUCAGGGGCGACCUCCGGGCCCCUGCCAGCCGUGCAGGGGCAGCACAGCGUCCCCCAGGACACUCCGCCGCCCUCGCCAGCGUCUCUCUCACGCCCGCGCCCUGGCCACCGCGCCUCCACUUCCCCGGGGCAGGAACCUCCAUCCACUGGUCGCCCUGACCGUGUCGUCCCUGGUCCUGCCCCCGAGGUGAUCCCCGCCUCGGGCAGCCCGCCGCCCCCCCUCACCCUAACCGUGGAGCAGCCCCAGGGUGUGGUGGGGGACGAGAGAGGGGCGCCCAAACCCAUACACAAGUCCACACAACUCACACACUGUGCUUACAGCGCCGCUUUCCACCCACACCCCCCGCCCGCCCCGCCCGCCCCGCCCGCCGCAGAGGAGCCCAACAGCCCCGUCCCUGCCGCCUCGCCUCAGCACAGCCCCACCCCCGCCCCUCCCCCCAAAGCCGCCAGGGUACACCAGGAGCCUGUCCUUCCCUCCCACGAGCAGCUCGGCGACCCCCAGCUCCCCGCCACCCUCGCCACCCCCGCCAUCCAGGUGUUCAGUUCCCGGGGUGAGGCAGCACCCCGCGGCCCCGCGGACAAGUGCCCGAGGGAGCCCCGGGAAGACCCCGUGACACGCCCGCCCCGCAAGAAGGAGGAGGAGGAGGAUCACCACAGGACCAGGCGCGGCGUCCCCACUGCCGCCACCUCCUCCACCGCCGCCCCUGGAGACAGGCGGAUACGAGAGGCGCCCCCCAGUGUGGCGGGUGAGGCACGUAUCCCCGCCAGGCACGCCGCCGAGCCCCUGCCAGAUCCCCCCAAGCGAGUCUCUCGGGGCAGUGCUGAGGAGGGUUCCCGUGGCCCCGCCUCGCCCGUCAAGCCGUCCCGCGGGCGGCCACCGGGGGAGAGCCCCGUGCCGCGCCUGGUGCAGGUGGAGGUGGUGGACGAGGAGGCGCGACGGGCGGCGCCCAGGAAGCGCGAGGAGAAGCGUGGCGGCAGCGGCCUGCUGGAGUGGGAGGCGCGGCAGCGGCAGCGCCUGGAGGAGGAAGAGCGGAACCGCCUGAACAUCGGGCUGUCGCUGCGUCCCGUGUCGUGCCGCAUCAAGGAGCUGGUCAGGAUGCACGGCGCCUUCAUGUCGCGCUUCACGCGGGACAAGAAGACAGACAUCAACGGCACCGUGGACGGUGCAGACGACAUCCUCUUUCAGAAGAUCCCGCAGGACCCCUCCACCAAGACGCCCCCCGCGCCUCCAGCGGCCCAGGGCUCCGCGCCCCCCAUGCGGUCCCCCUUCAUGGUGAAGAAAGUGCAGAGUCCCGGCCAGAACACCGAGCCGCCCCGACCCACCCGCAGGGACCACCCCAGGCGCCGCUCACCCGCCCGCAGGCCGAGCCCUGCCACGCAGAGGACCGCCCCUUCCUCGCGGGUCACCAGCCCCGCCACCCGCAAGACCAGCCCCGCCCCACGAAGGAAAAGCCCCACUCCACGGGGCACAAGCCCAUCUACUCGUAGGCCAAGUCCUGGUCCACGCAGGAGAAGUCCUGCCCCAAGGGGCACCAGCCCUGCCACACGCAGAAGCCUCUCCCGACGGGGAACAAGUCCAUCCACACGCAGAAGAAGCCCCGCCCCACGUGGCACCAGCCCUUCAACACGCAGGAGCAGCCCUAGCCCGCGGAGGAGCGCCUCCUCCACCCUCAGGUCCACCUCCUCCUCGCGCAGGUCCCCCUCGGCACACCGGGGCUCCGCUGAGGGCCACAGGGGCGCGGCUCACCACAAAGUACUUACGGAGAGCAGUGGCCAGCCCUCCCCCAGCAGGGAGGCCACAGACUCCUUUCGCCGCAGAACGCGCUCGUCUCUCUCCCCCGCAGCGCGGCGCCACCAUGCCGCGUCGCCAGACCGAAAGGGCUCAGGCUCCAGGGGGAGGGAGGGCGUGCCCCGGGCCUCACAGAUCGUAGCAGAACUCCACCGCGCGGCACAGUCCUCCCCGCAGUCACAGGACUCCCAGGGCUCCCUCACCUCCAGCAGCAGGUCAGCGGUCUCCAACUCACCCAGCACUACCGCGCCCCGCACCGAGGUGCAGGACGCGGCCAGACAGCACCGCAGCCUGCACUCCCCGAGCCCAGAGCGGAGCAGCGUGAAGGACCCCAAGGCCCGCCAGGAGUGGCUCACCAAGAUGCUCGCCGCCCUCACCCAGGAGGGCCCCCCGCCACGCCCCGCCUCUCCCACCCUCUCCCCUCCCGCCCCUGCCUCUCCCACCCAUGCGUCCCCCAGCCCAGCCUCUCCCACCCACACUUCUCGCAGCACCAUCACCCUCACCCCAGCCUCCUCCACCCACGCCGCUCCCAGUCAGGACUCCCCCAGCCGACACCAGACAGACUCAGCACACAGCUCGGCCAGAGCGGCGCCCGCCACGUACGCCCACGUGGGGCCCGCACGCUCCCUGGGAGCAGCAGCAGCAGCUGCCCUGGAAGGGGCGACGCCCGUGCCUCCCGCCAGGAAGUCAGCGUUAUCCUCCCUGAGAACUCUGCCAGCCCCCGCCACCCCCGCCACCGCCUGCCCAGCCUUCUCACCCCUCAAGACUGUUUCCUCCAGUCUCACAGUGACGCUCACCCCCACCGCCUCGCCGCUGUCCCCACACACCAAAAACUUCAACUGCACGCCCUCAUCCGUACCCCCGGCCGCCGCGCCAGGCGAGGACAGCCUCAGGACGCCGGUGAAGAGGUCCCCGUCACAGGAGAGCCUGGAGCACAGCCGGCGCGGCCCCGUCAGCCUGUCGUCCAUCCUCAGCGACUCCUCCAGGUCCUCUUCCCGCUGCUCGUCGCCGCACGCCUCGCCGCGCCCCUCGCCGGAACGCAUCCUUAAGCGAGAAUCCUUUGACCUCGUGGCCAGGCUGGGCGUCAUCCAGGAAGGCGGCAGCCCAGGGGAGUGGCGCGCCCGGGGACCACAGGGGGACCAGAAGGAAAAUAUUGCCCCUCUCCCAGAGGACGAGAGCGGAGAGGACACCCCGAGCCUGUCUGCGCCCUUCAGGUCCUCCUUCAGGCUGCGGGAGAGGAGCGAGGAGCGCAGAAAGGGUGGCAGGAAGUGGAGCGAGGAGUACAGCGCCCGCGACUCAGUCCUGAGCUGGCGCCCCGCCCUCACUGCCCCGGCCAUCACCCUGCGUGCCCUGGCGGACGUCGCCCCCAGGAAGCACGCUGACACCACCUGGCCACCCGUGCGGGUCGAGGCGCCUGCCAAGGCCCAGACCGCAGCAGAUUCCCCCGCCCUGACCAGGUACUGCCGCGGUAGGGCGUCCCUGCGUUCCCAAGGCCCGGCCGGUGAGUGUGGCGGUAGGAAGCCCUCCCUGUCCCCGGAGCCUGGCAGCGGCCUGGACACAUCCCCGCAGCGCCCCGUCUCCCUCAGUGCCAUCCUGUCUCGCGGCGAGGCGAGGGUCGCCUCCCCUAGCCAGGACUCCCUCGAACAGGACUCCCCCACCUACAAGUUCUCUCCCAAACUCUCGCUUUCUGAGGAAGUGACGCCCCUCAGCAACAGACACCCUCGAGACGAGGGCGCGCCACUCACCCCCCAGAAGGCCGAUCCGCCCACGCCCGUCCCGUCCCCCGCCGUCGCCGAGAAGGAGACGCCCGCCAGCCUCUCCAAGCCCAAGCCCCGCGUGAAGCAAGCGUGCUCCGCCAAGACCCCUGCCGGGCCGCGGCGAUCCAAAGAGGGCUCCCCCGCGCCUAGCACCGCGCCGCGCCCCGCCUCCUCCGCCGCCAGGAACAAAGUGGUUCGUCGAAACUCUAGUCUGAAGAGAAACCGCCCCGAGGGCUCCCUGAAGGCGAGGAGGGAGCGAAAGAACUCCGAGGAGGACGCCCACGAGACUGUGGUGGAGGCCGCCGAGGGCACCACGCGUACCCGCACCACCGUGAAGCGAUCCUGCCUGCCCGCCGCUGACAAGGCCCGCCCCGUGGCUCGCUCCGGCAGUGGUCGCGUGAAGCGGGAACGUAGUUUUCGUAGCAGCGCCUCGCGGGCCCUGGAGGACUGGGCCGCGUCCACCUCCGUCAAGGGACACCUCGUGAAGAAGGAAGGACAGCGGUUCAGCCACGAGACAGAGGAGGAGGAGCAAGGCGGGCGCCGCGUGGCCCGCAGCGUGGCGCGGCGCGUGGUGCGGCGCGGCUCACGCACGCUGUCUGGCGGCGGCGAGCUGCUCACGGAAACCAAGGAGACGUCCUCUUCAGGCGUCGCCAAGGACGGCCAGAAGCAGACAACAACCACGCAGGAGCACGCAAAGGAAAACGAGGUUCACAGUGUGGAAGAAAACGAGGCCAAGGAAAAUGGAGAAGUUGAAGGUGGGACUAUGGUGGAGGUGACGCAGGGGGGCAGGGGAGUGUCGCGCAAGAUGAAGACAUCCACGGACGGUGAGCGAUACUUCACCCACUCCAUCACGGACAAGCACGGCGCCAAGACCUUCACCACAGAGGGCGUCAACAACAAGACCACCAGCUCCGUGGAGGUGAUCGGAGCCAAGGACUUCGACGCCCGCCGUGCUGUCAAAGGGACCACCGGGGAGCGAGUGGUGGUGGAGAGGACCAAGGACCCCCUGGGAAGACCCUCCACCGUGGUCAAGAAGGUCACCUCGCAGUCUAGACUUGUCAUAACAAAGACGAAGAGAAAGACUCCCGUGGUGGUCUAGCUGGAAGGGACCCCUGCCUGGACACUACCUGGUGCUGGAAGGUCACAACUGGCUCGUCCGUGAAGGCGUGUCUGGAAACUGGACCGGACUGGAAGCAAGGAAGGGCGUGGAAGUCUGGUGCAGUGUGGAGGUGCCCCUGGAAACAACACCGGACUGGAGGGGAAGGAGGGAAAUCAUGGAAAUCUUAUGCCGAGUCUGUCUGUCUCUCUCGCUUGGACUGGGAGCUUGAAAAUGAAGGUCUGGAAGUCCCCCUGGAAUGUUCUUCUUGUCCUGGAAUAUCAGUGGGCGUGGGAAAAAAAAAGAAAAUAAGUUCUGAAAAAAACCUCCUUUCAAGAUUUCUCUCCCUGGACUAAAGAAGCUGGAAACUGGAAACGUUGCUUUGUUCUCUGCUUCCUCCUCCUCCUCCUCCUCCUCUUAUCCUUCUUCCUCCUCUUCCUCCUCCUCCUCCCGUCCCUGGAAACUCAGAACAGGAGACAAGAAGCCUUAAGAGAAAAGCACAUUGUGUCUGGAAACUGGAAAAAUCAUCUUAUCAUCCUCCAGCUUCUUCAUAUCCUCCUCCUCCUCCUCCUCCUCCUUUUGGUCCUCUUCCUCAUAAGUUGGGCUGCUGUUUGUCUUUCCUUUGUGUGCCAUUGUGCUCUUUUGUACUCCCCCUAAGAUGGACAGACACUCGUGGCAGCAAAUCCUUACUGGAAACCUGGAAUUAGAUACCUGGAAACACACAAGACUCAAAGAACUCAAAAGGAAGUGAAGAGGAUGGAAACUGCAACACCCCUCCUACCCCCCCCCUAAGCCGCGAGGUGUGUGUUCGUGUGUGGGUGUGUGAGGCGGUGUGUGGCUGCCUGUGUGAGUGUUCUGGAAACUGGAGGGACGCUGGAACGGGGCCUGGAUUUGUCUUGUGCAUAUUAAAAAGGAAAGGAAGAGACUAUAGGGAGGGUGUGCUGGAAGGUGCUGGAAAAUAAUUACAAACUACUGGAUUGCUGAUUGGCUGGCUGGCUGUUGGUAGGGCUUGUUUUGGAGGCAAUUCGCUCACAAUGAUACUUAGAACAACAACGAUGAAUUAACACGACUACUAAUUCUCAACUCAAUUUUUUUUUUUAAUGAUUUCAACUUUUUUAUUUAUUUAUUUAUUUAUUUUAUUUUUUAUGUUUAAUUUCUGGACUGAACUGUGAUGUGGUGAUGCUCAUUUGUUUAUGCCCCCCCCCCAUCCUCUCCUUAUCCUGUAUUAUCCUAACCCUCCCCUCCUCCCUUUUUUAUUAUCCUAUAUCCUGUAUCCUCUUUCCAAAUCCUCUUCUUUUUCCUCCACUCCUUCCCCGUUUUCUCUUUUAUCUUUGUUUAUUCAUUACACUGUUUUUUUUUUUCGUGUUCUAUUCUCUUAACUCCUAUCUGUCUAUCUACUUCUCUAUAUCUAUCUUCUAUCUACCUAUCUUCUUUCUCUCUGUAUCCUUAUCACAUUCUUUCCUUUUCCCUCUCAUCCUUAUCCUCAUCCUCCAUCUGUCAGCCAUGUUCCUUAGCCAACACUUUGCUUCCCCUUCUUCAUAUCCUCCUAAUCUUUUUUUCCAUAAUCUGUCUCUGAUUGAUUCAUUUCCCCGUUUUUACUAUUUUUUUGUACUUACCUUUAUUCAGUUCUAUAGUCUCUCCUUCACUCCUACACCAGAACCUCUUACCCUUUGCUCUUCCCUCCUCUUAUCUCUCGUAUAAUUCAUCCCUCACCCUUCACCCUUAUAUCAAAACACCCUUAUUCCUUAUCCUCAUGUCCCCUUUAUCCCUCCAAGCCCCCCCCCCCUCCCACUAAGAUAAGACUGACACGCAUUUGAGAGUAGCAUUUAACCUACGUUUUCUUCGCAUUUAAGACAAUACUCACCUCUGCUCAGUAUGCUAACCUUGACGGGCGCCUAAUUACUCUACGAACAGGUAAGCGUCGUCUUCUUGUAAUUAAUGUGAUAUGGUUCAUUGCUCUGACAUCUCUAUUAUUAUUAUUAUUAUUAUUAUUAUUAUUAUUAUUAUUAUUAUUAUUAUUAUUAUUAUCAUUAACCAUUGAUCUCUCCCGGGGUGAUUGGACGAUCCUCGCGCUGCCACCAAUUGUUUUCUUUUGUUUUGUUUGAGCCCAGUGAUCUCGUUUUCUUUGAUUUUUUAAUGGUUUGGGGUGUUACUGGUGUGUUCUGCUUUAAUACUAUAGAUGCUGGUGUAGUUUCGUCCCAGUCAUCCGUUUUCUUUGAUACUGUAAGGGUGAAGUGGUGUAUUUUUUUUUAUCCCAGUGACUCGUUUUCCAUAAUACUGUGCGAUGGAUUAGUGUAUUUUUGAUCCCAGUGACUCGUUUUCUAUAAUACCGUGACAUCCACGCUAACACCCAGUCACUCGUUUUCUUUUUUCGAGAUCACAUGCAGCGCAGUGUACAUUCAUUCCAAGCACCCCGUUUUCUAUUGAUUCCUACAUUGCAAGGGUCCUUUUGAGAAGCGAACAGCUCAAUUGACUACCUUCGCUUCCGGACAUUUUGCAGUUAACGAGGGAUUCACCAUAGGACGCGUAGGAUGGGGGUGUAGGAGUCCUUCUGCCCCUUGCUAAGUGUUCCUGGUGUGUCCUUAGCCCGCUCUAAUCUGUAGUGUAGUUAGUGUGUGUGUUUGUGCGUGUGUGUGUGUGUGUGUGUGUGUGGUGUGUGUAUAAUUCUUUUUUUUAUUUUUUUGUCUACUUUUUUAAUUGAUAAAAUGAUACAAAUAAAACUUCUUUAAUUUAU